UCUCUUUAUUUUUCUCUUGCUCCAUGCCCGUGUGCUUCUGUAACAUAUUAGGGUUUGAUUUCUCCAAUAGUUAUGACUAACAUGGAGUUGUCUGCGGUUAAGGCAGAGCUCAAAACCCUAGUUCAUUCCAUGCUUGAGGAGGGUAUUUUGGAUAGCCAGUUUACACAGCUUCAAGCUUUACAAGAUGAAAGCAACCCCAAUUUUGUUGCUGAAGUUGUGACUUUGUUCAUCAAUGACGCCCAAAAGAUCAUUAACCAUUUGAAUAAUUGCAUGUCUCAAGAAGUCAUUGAUUUCUCUGAGAUGGAUCCUUAUGUUCAUCAAAUAAAAGGAAGUAGCUCAAGUAUUGGUGCACGAAAUGUGAAACUCGCUUGUAUUGAUCUUCAACAAGCUUCUGAUGCCAAAAACAAGGAAAUGUGCUUGCAGGCCUUAAACAAAAUCAGUCGUGAAUACUGUAGAUUAGAAGUAAAAUUGCAUGCCAUUGUACAGCUGCAGAACACAAUCUUUACCAUGGAAACCAACCAACGACGUCAGGUUGGUAGGUAUGGUGCUAUGUCAACGCAACGGAGGUGAAGGAUGGAUUAUUCAUCAUUCAUUUACUUCAUCUGUUUUAUUAUUAUUAUUAUUAUUUUUCGUUGCUUGGUGGGUUACUUUGUAGGUUUCCCAGAUUGAGUUAACCCUUUUUCGGUAAAGAGCUUUUCUGUUUUUCAAAUGCCGAUUGCUAAGCUUCAGAAGUAGACAAUGUUUGCAA